CUAAAAGGCCAUAUCUCAAUACCAACUCCAUGCGACUCUAAACCCUAACACAAUGAGCAAGGUCUCAAUUUCGAACAAAUACAUGUUUUCUGAUAUACAAGAUUGUUAGUUUAUUUUUAGCGCUUUAUAUGGUCUAUGUAUUGCAAGUCUGGGCGCAGCAAAACUUGUAAACAGUAUCAGUUUAAACAAUGGCAUCAAACGCUACGUACGUGUUUAUGGACUUAGGGACUGUCAACGAUCCCAAAGAUAAAAAUAUAAAAUAUAUAACGGAAUUAAGUAUGGCGGCGGUCAGAAGGGACAACCUCAUAGAUUCCGGAGAAUUUUACGAGUUUUUGGACGAAGACGACGACUUUAAUGGACAUCAAAUCACGCCUCCGAUUCCAAGAGUCCAGCUCAAACUUACGCUCUGCUUCAACCCAGGCCUAGAAGAGCUACAGAAUGGAGGCUUCAAAAUCGCCGAAUUGAAACCAGAAAAAUCUUUUGAAGAAUGUUUCGAGUUAAUAGACAACUUCCUUGGCAUUUUAACGGACCCUGUAUAUUUGAUCGCUCACAAUGGAUUCAACUUUGAUUUCCCGAUAUUAAAAAGACAUCUAAAAGGCAAGAAAUUUUCAAAAGAUGUCAUGUGUGCGGAUACCUUUUAUGGCUUCUAUGACAUAUUAGAAAUGCAAUCUGGAGGUAUUGAUGCGGUCAUAGAAAAUACCACAGUAAAACUUGCUAAUUCCAAUCUAGAAGAUUCGUUAGAAGGAAGUAAAAAAGGCUUGGAAAACCAAAGACAGGCGAAUGCUGACAGAGCAAAGAAAAAUAACGGAUUUCCAUGGGGAGAAAAGAAAAAUAGACCUUCAAAAAGCUACAAAUUGACCGACAUAUACGAAAGAGUGCUGAAAUGUAAGCCUGAAGACGCACACAAAGGGGAUAUAGACUGUCAACUGAUGAUACGCAUUGCUGUGAAAUUGUCUAAGAAGUUUUUCGAGUGGGUGGAGAAUAAUCAUUCGUCAUUUGAAGAGCACGUGGAACCCAUUUCGAAAGAAAAAGAAACGUUGGAAAAGGAUAAGGCGACUGCAGAGGUUGGAACUUCAGGAAGCCAUACUUAUAAGUCUCAAGACUCUCAAGUGCAUAUCUAGUUUACCUUGUUCUCUGGGAUUAAUUAUAAAUAACUUAAUCAUAAUUAUCCAAAUGGUAUAA